UUUAUCUGUGCUUCUAGAGAGUUGAAAGAUCAGUCUGUCAAAAAUGAAAAAGAUCUUAACGAAGAAGUUGAAAGUCUGAAAUUCAAAGUGGAAAAAUCUGAACAAAGAGCAUUUGGUAAUGUUGACCAUAGAGAAAUUGGUGGGUUUUUUUCAAGAUUUACAAAUUUUACACUAAAAGAGGUCAAUUAUUUUAGACCUGGAAAAGAAAGAGAACCUUCUUUCAUCCCAGCUAUUAUCAACGGAAAAAGAAAUGACUAAACUCCGUGCAGAGAAUUCUCAAAAGACUCAAGAAACAUCAGAACAAAAGGAAACAAUCCGGGUAAGAAGGUCUAAGAAAAUACAUGAUUGAAUUUUGUUCCUUAAAAAUAUUGAACACUGCAUGCAUGUCUGGUAAAAAGUAGAAUGGCUCUUAAUUAUUUGGGGGUACCUGCUCAACUGUAGGCUAUAUCUCAAUAUGUGUAUAUAUUAGUAAAUUAUAUGAUCACAUCACUUCUAUUUCGUUAAUUAAAUUUAUUUUAUUUUGCAGAAAUACGAACAAAAAGUUGCCGAACUUCGUGGGAAAGUUCAGGAACUUGAAUUGUUAAUGAAAAGACAAAGCGAAAAAUUCGCGUAUGUAUACUCCAUGGCAUGUAAUGCAAAAUUUCGAAUUUCGUAA